AUGCUCCUUCAAAUUUUGCAGUACCUACAGGGCACGCCAAAGACUUCAACCUGCAUCUACUCGUUCGUCGCCCUCGCUCUCCCGAUAUGCCUCUUCUUCAGCUUCAUCAUCCGCAACGGAGACAUCGGCUCGACGCGGAGAAGGCUGCGGCACCUGAAGAAGCUCGGCUCGACCGUCAGUAACAUGGCGGAUCAGUACGACCCCAAGUACGACGUACCAGAGGGAACCGAAACUACUGGACCGAUCCGCAUCAAGUCCAUUUAUAUCCACCCGAUCAAGUCAUGCGGCUUCAUUGAAGUAAGCCGGGCCCUACUCACCAAGACUGGGUUCCUGUACGACAGAUGCUUCGCUCUGGCCACGGAGGUAGCCGAUCCGGAUACUGGAGUGGUGUUGUGGAAGUUCAUCAGCCAGCGUACCAAGCCACAGAUGUGCCAUAUCAAGACGGAAAUCUGGGUACCGCACAAAAACAGCAGCCAAGAUGAAUCAUUGGUUCAAGCUGGCGGGUGUGUGGUUGUGACAUUCCCAGACCCGGAUCCUCCCUCUUGGACCCAACGGCUUGAAACAUUCCUGCACACGUGGAAUCCCUCAACGAAACCCGAAGUCUCAUUCACUAUGCCUCUGCAGCCUACGCCCGCCCUGGUAGACGAAUUUGAUAUCAGUCUAAAGACCUUUGGCAUCCACGCGCGGGAUGCAAGCGGUCUUGACUUGGGCAAGAUCCCCUCCGUAGCCGCAGCCCUGCCGAAACUGAGAAGGUUCCUGGCGAUCCCUGAGAAACGAGGCCUCACGCUCACGAGAUGCACCCCGGACACUCUGACCCGCACCGACAGAAACCUGGCGCCGCUCGAAUACAUUGGCUCGCCAGCGGUCCAUGGCUACACUGACCAGCAGCCCGUCAAUCUCAACAGCUUGUCCUCGGUCCACGCCGUAUCUGCUCUUCUUCCACCUGAAAACCAGCCCCUGGAUGCCCUUCGUUUCCGUGCAAAUCUCUGGAUCACUGGCACGCCGGCUUUUGCAGAGGAAACAUGGAAACGCUACCGUAUUCUUCUCAAGGGUACGAGCAAAGACCCUCGAGCCGAUGUGUCGCCGAAGCUAUCAGUGGUCUGUCGAACGUCACGGUGUACAAUGCCCAACGUCAACCUUGAAACGGGCACCUUCGACGCGGAUAACCCAUCUACGGAGAGGAAAAAGGGAAACCCUCAGCCAAGCACAACGUUGAUUGAGCAUCGUACUCCCGAGACCGGAAACCCGAAGGCACUAGGGUACAUUGGGAUGCAUUGCGUGCCAGAAGACGCAGACUUGGAGGAGGCGGAGAAUCAAGGACUGGGAUUGUAUGUUGAAGUUGGUGAUGAGGUUGAGGUCCUCGAAACGGGGGAGCAUUUGUUCGGAUCUACUGGCAAUGAUUACUAG